GAAUAUGCGAAAUACCUAUUUUCAUGUCUAUCAGAUAUACAUAAAGAUAUAUCUAGGUACAAGAUAAAGAUUAAUGUUUCUCGGUGAAUAAAGGAGGAAUCUGUGAGUUACUGUGCACAUCGCAGGUCGCUAUUAAAUACAUCAACAGGCCAAUUUCCGGCCUUGUUUACUUGUUCAUCUAAUUAUUUACAUUGUAGUUCAAUUUCCAUCAUCGCCAUCGAUACGAGUCAUCCCCCAUCGAUUUGGAACAUUCGAACUAGUCAAUCAUGGCAAAGCCCUUGGUGUUCGUCACUGGUAAUGCAAAAAAACUUGAGGAAGUUGUAGCAAUUCUGGGAAAGAAUUUUCCUCGUGCUAUUACGAAUCAGAGGAUCGACUUACCGGAGUAUCAAGGCGAAGCAGAAGACAUCAGUAUAUCGAAGUGCAAAGCAGCGCAGGCGAUAGUCAAUGGUCCUGUGAUCGUCGAGGACACUUGCUUGGCAUUCAACGCCAUGCAGGGUCUUCCUGGUCCGUAUAUCAAGUGGUUCCUGGAUAAACUCGGGCCCGAGGGUCUCCACAACAUGCUUGCUGCCUGGGAGGACAAGUCAGCAGAGGCGAUUUGCACUUUUGCUUAUUCCUCGGGGAAUCCUGAGGACGAGGUCAUUCUUUUUCAGGGGAAGACCACGGGGACGAUUGUUCCACCAAGAGGCCCACGGAGCUUCGGGUGGGAUCCCAUAUUCCAACCUGAUGGGUACACUAAGACCUACGCCGAACUUCCAAAAUCUGUUAAGAAUGAAAUUUCUCAUCGCAGCAAAGCUCUUGAACAGCUCAAAAAUUAUUUCAUGCAAAAUAAUGAGCGAUGAAGUUUAUGGUUUAUUUGAAAAAUUAGAUUGUUCUUGUUAUCAGAACGAACGUUCGAAUUUUUUAAGUCAACACAAGAUUAUCAUGCGGAAGAAAAAAAUUCCGAGAAGAGACAAAUCACGUAAUGAGCCAAGUGAUGACUCAUCCGACUGAAUAGAAUUUUCGAGUCCAUGAAUUAUUUCAUCUGGUGUUUCCUCGAAUCCCUUAUUCGAUAUAUGUGAAGUAGUUACUCCAGAUUAAAGUCUAAGUUAUUGAGAUCUGCGAGGGGUUCAAUAGUACUACGGAAAGAUUCAACGGAUGCCUCAUGAUCAUCAUAAACAAUAAAAUUUUUUUCGUCAAAUAACAAUCUCAUAAAUAAACCCUCUCAUCAACAAAAACAAUUAUGGAAAAACGUUAAACUUGAGCCGCAUAAUUCCUACACAUGUUUCAAUAGAAUAAAUAGAAUUGAAAAAUAA